AUGCCACGGCGUCGGGACCAACCCGGGCCUGGGCACUAUGAGAUCCCGCACUUCCUCUCUCAGAGCACGAGAGGGGCAAGCCUGAAGAUUGGCAAUCGCGUGGGAAAUCAGUCGGAGCUCUUUCCCGGACCAACGGACUAUGUGUCCCCUUCUGGGUGCCCCACCGAGAAGAAGUCGAAACACAUCAGGUUUGGCACGGCCAAGCGCUUCGGGAGGACUGGUGAGGACACUCCCGGACCUUGUCAGUACACACCACACAAUCCCACAGCCACAUCGGAGCGACGAAGCAUUGGCGAACGGACUCACAUGAAGCUGCCAGGGGUGGCAGAUGCAACACCUGGUCCUGGUGCCUACACGCCGCUCAAGGCAGCGGUGCGAAGCCCGGGGACAGCCUUUCACCGAGGCUCCCCGAGGUCGUUCACCACCCCAUUGAUAGAGGGCCCAGGCCCUGCAGCAUAUAUGACGGACAAGGACUCCAAACUGGCCGCCAACAGCAACGGCUUCGGCUAUGGGCCUCGACUACAAGGUCUGUCUGAUGACAACACGCCUGGUCCUGGGUCCUACAGUUGGGACCUGAAGCCUUAUGGUCCGAAGAUAAGUAUGACUCCCAGAAGGGAGUAUGAAUGA